AUGCAAAAGGAGCCCUCACCGCAGAAUACCGUAGUUACUCCGGUAAGUGACUUGAUUUCGAUUGGAAUUUUCUUUUUUAUUGAUGAGUGCUUUGCUUUUAUUCAUUUUGUUUGCACAGCUAUUAAUUAA